CAUACCAUGGUAAUUUUUGCUGGUGUAUUUACAUAAAUCAUUAGUAGUAUUAUGUGACACUUGUUUGACAGUCACACAGGACACGCCCUUGCAGCCCGAUACAUUCUUAAGGUUUGUCGCUAUAUAAUGUCGCUGUAAAGACGUAAAGGACUUUACAGCAGCACUUACUGAACAUCUCGUCAUGUCGCACGCUCCGCCGAACUUCUCGUGGGUCGAACCUCACAAACUCGCCGGACUGGCCUGUCCUUCAGAAGCUCAGCAUUACAAGUUCCUGGUGGAGAAUGGCAUCAGACACCUGGUGUGCUUGUUAGAAUCCAAACCACCGAAAUGCGACACGUGUCCAGAGCUCAUCCUGCAUCACAUCAGCAUAGUGGACUUCACUCCGCCGAGUCUGCCUCAGAUCCUGAGAUUCCUGAGCAUCGUGGAGGAGGCCAAUGCUAAAGGGGAGGCUGUUGCGGUUCACUGCAUGCAUGGUCAUGGCAGGACGGGGACCAUGCUGGCCUGCUACCUGGUGAAAACAAGGCACAUCUCAGGUCUGGAAGCCAUCAAAGAAAUCCGACGCCUUCGAAAAGGGUCCAUUGAGACAAAUGAGCAGGAGAAAGCAGUGAUUGAGUUUCAUAAAUACAUUCAAAACUGUUCUCAAAACUGUUGCCAAAAACAUUAACUCCACACCUACAAUUCUGUCUGUACACUGACAGCUCAGUGUGAUCCACAUCUGUGCCGUCACACACCCACAGAGAAUUAAGGUCAUGUUUAUAACUGAAGUCCGGUUAAUAUUGAACAGAAUAUGUAAAUUGGGUCAAAAAUGCUUAUGUUUGUAUUCAGAUCUACAAACUUAUCAAAAAAUGCAUUAAAAAUAAAAUUCAUCGACAAUGACUUGAUUUCACCUUU